AUGGCGCGACUCCCCGGUAGCGAUGGUUACCACCGGGGCAGCUGGCGACACGCCCUGAUGGCAUCCGUGUGGAGUGCUAUGCCAGCCAUGUUUGGUCACGCAGCACUGGGUAGCCGCGCCCUCCACGACAUCCCGCUAUGUGUGAACUUCACGAAUACGAAUGGAAAUGGGAACCGUACUGUAGGGGCCUCGGUGACUUUCGGCGGUGACAACGCAACGAGUUUGUUCCUCCGUCGAGGUCGAACUACGGGUCGACCGCCUGAUACGCCUCGUGAGGCAGAUGCCGAAGGAGAUGUUCAGACGGAUGUGUCGACGGAAAGUGCGGUGUCUGGGAAUAAGGUUCUUCGUGCAUUUGAUCGUUGGGCUGAAGAAAACAGCGGAUGCGGUGCCAAUGAGUUUAUGCAAGGUGUGCGACAAUCGUACUAUGGCCUUGGUGUGCUCUGUGAGACGCUUGCAGAGGCAGCGAAGCCACAGCUACCAGUUGGCAAAGUUGUUUCUCUUGCAGGUGCUCUUGCACAGUUAAAGGGACUUCUGACCAAACAGUACGCAAUUAGCCCAAAGGAUCUCGCCGAUGAGGUGAAGAAUAUUGCUGAGAAGUCGGGUAAAGAAGGACGCCGAACGUCCAAGGUGGUGGCGGAGGCAUUGAGGCAGAUACUUCCCAUUUCUCUUGAACUGGGCGAGAGAAUGUACAACAUGUGGAACAAGCAGCGGGUGUUUGACUCCAAUGUACUUCGUAUUGCUGCUCCAAAUGACUAUAUUUUGUCGUCAAACAUGGUUUUUUUUCAUGAGUGUCAUAAUAUGAAAGAAACCCACUUUAUGGAUGAUGUUCAAUUGGCGGUGAUAGUGAGUUCCCAUUCACCUGAUGCCGAGAAGUGGACGGGCAGAGCCCCCGACAUUACUAGUGAUAGUUCGGCGAGGUCUACUCCUGAACAGGAGAUGAAGCCUGCGGUGAAGUCGUCAAUGACGGCAGGAGAGGGUUUAGAUGUUGGUAGCACUGAAGGCGGGAAACAGCUUAAGGGUCAGACGAUUAUUACCUUUAGAGGACGCCAGUUACCACGUAUCCCUGCCACGGCCAAGGCGUGUGUUGUGGCUUCAAUUGAUGUUGUGACGCCUCCGCAGCGCUAUGAUCACAAUUUUGACUGGUAUUAUCAACGCAUCCGAGGCUAUGAAAGCGAAUACCAGCGAAUUGCCGUCGCACGUUUUUUCGCCAUGUCGAACGCCCAGGCAGUAUUGGCCCCACUCGACUUUCUUGUUCGGAUGUGUACCGGCCGCCAUCUAGAACUUGCCUGCCCCCCAGGCAUUUCAGAUAUGAUUGGUAUUCCAAAAAAUAUUGCAGAGUGUCCACCGGCAAUGCGCAAGCUGUUGUGCUACUACAUGGACGCCGAUGGGCGUUGGGUGCUGUCGGACCUGCUCUGGGUUGAUACUGUCACCACGCCGAUGAUGCCAAAGACCGCUUCUGCAUAG